AUGUUAAGCUGCUGUUUGUGCUAACAGCUGACUUUACCAGGGCUGCUUAAUCACAUGGUAAACAAACUGAUAAACAAAAAGCAAUUAAAGCGUGUAAAUAUUGAGAAAAUGAAACAAUUUCUGCGUGAAAUACCCAAAGUGGAGCUGCAUGCACAUCUCAACGGCAGCUUAAAUAUCGAAAGCAUCAAGCAACUGGCCGAGGAGCUGUACGGCGAGCAGACAAAGGAAUUUGCGGCACUUUGCAAACGUUUCAUCAAAUUUGAGGAGGGCGCCAAAAUGAACGAUUGUUUUGAAAAGUUUGGCUUUGUGCACGAACUGACGGCCACAAAGCGGGGCUUGCAACGUGCCACCGAAUUGGUGAUACGUGAUUUUGCCGCAGACAAUGUGAUUUAUGUGGAGCUGCGCACCACGCCCAAAUCAAAUGAGAAAAUGUCCCGGCGAGAUUAUCUGCAAACGGUGAUCGAUGCCAUAAAAAGUGCCAGCAAACAAUAUAAAAUUAUGGUUAAAUUGCUGCCAUCCAUAAAUCGAGGUGAGCCGUUGGCGGUGGCCGAGGAAACUGUCGCUUUGGCCGUGGAAUUUGCGCAAACUGAACCAGAUUUAAUCGUUGGCAUUGAUUUUAGCGGUAAUCCAAAUCUGGGUAAAUUUAGCGAUUUUACGGCCGUGUUGAGUUUGGCUCGAAAUAAUGGCUUGCAAUUGGCCGUGCAUUGUGGGGAAGUUGAUAAUCCCCGAGAGAUUCAAGAGAUGCUGAAAUUUGGCAUGUCCCGCUGUGGUCAUGGCACCUAUCUCACUGAAGCUGACUACGCGCAGCUGAAGGAGAAGAAUAUCCCAAUUGAAUGUUGCCUCACGAGCAAUGUUAAAUCGGGCACCGUUGCCAACUUUAAUGAUCAUCAUUUCAGGCAACUGAUGGCGGCGGAUGUUCCCCGAGUGAUCUGCACGGAUGAUUGUGGUGUAUUUGAUACAACGCUGUCUGACGAAUUCCAUUGGGCCAUGGAGAGUUUUGGCCUGAGCCGGAGUCAGUGCGUCGACCUUACAGUGGAGGCGAUGAAGCAUUCGUUUGCCACGCCCCAAGAAAAACGAAUUAUGCAAUUGCUGAUUACAGAAAGAGCCAAAUAAAAUAAUCUAAACAUAAUCGUUUCUUUUAAUUGCGAUU